UCUAAGGUCAUACAAUACUCAAGGAUCGCUCCUCUCUAGGACCACUUUAUUAGUUGACAACUCUGGCGAACGGCUGCCAUUGUUUACGUUUUUUUUUCCUAGCCUAGUGCCAGUUUGACAAUUUCGUUUGUACAUUUAAUUCAUUCAGUCAAUCGCUUAAAAUGUUUAUAAUUACUGGCAAAGCUUCUUUGGUGUAUGCCGUACGCCUUCCCGGCAGGGGCAUGCACAAUUUAAAGAGAUACACAGCCGUUCAAACUUUUCAUACGAGCUCUACAAUGAAAAAUUAUGCCGCAGCUGCUGCUAUUCCUCUCCCGAUCAAUGUGGACGCCGCUGAGAUAACACGCUUCUCACCACAGCGCUCCCGGGACAUCUCUUGCACUGUAAUGAUGGCACAGGCACCCAUCUCGACCAUCGACAUUACCACAGAUAACAGUUAUAGUGCCAGCUUGGCCGGUUCAGUCUACCAGGACCCCCACGUCCAGUCGUAUGACUGCUUCGGCUCCAUCAGCCUCAAUUCGGUGAUGCAGAGCAAUGUUCCCACACCCUUUGGUGGAAUGCACAAGUUCUCGCAUCUCAACAUGCCUGGGGGGCAAUGGUCGCAGGAAUAUAAGUUUACAUCGCAGAACCUCCACAGCUCACAUUACAGCGCUCUUCGUGAUAGCGCUCGUGCGGAUUGGGGGACUUACGAUCAGAAUGCAACCCUUGGCACCAGCAGAGGCUGGCUGAUUUCGACCCGGCGUAACUAUAGCACACAUUCUGCGCCACCCUCUUCCGAAACGAGUCCACCGCCGGCGAGACCAGCAACAAUAGAUGCCCCAAUAAAAGCUAAAUUAAGUAAAAAAGAGAAACUUAAGCAGGCAUUCAAGGAGUAUGGCACUACCAUAAUAACAUUCCAUGUAGGCAUCUCGUUGAUUUCGCUUGGAGGCUUCUAUUUAGUGGUGUCCAGUGGAAUAAAUUUGGUGCCUGUUCUGGAACUCCUCGGCAUAACAUCAACAGCGAUUGCGGAAAAGGUAGCCACUGGCAGCACCUUUGUGGUGGCCUAUGCCGUUCACAAAGUGUUUGCUCCUGCCAGAAUAAGUAUUACGUUGGGCGCCACACCAUUUAUUGUCCGCUUUCUGCGGUCAAAGGGAUUCCUGAAGUCAAAAUCUAAUAGCACCUAGUGCAUUCGAAAACUACAUUAAUACAUAUAUCCUCGUUAUCAACAUACCAUGAUUUUUAUCUUGUCCCUGCAUGCAAUGUGAUCUUUAUUCGCAGAAUAAAUAAAUAAAAUAAAGAAAAA